UUUUCUCCGUUCCAGCGGCGGCGACAGAUCGAAGCCCGACGACGGCGGUGAGUGCGCAGCGGCGCCGGCAGAUCGAAGCCCGGCGACGACGGUGAAUGCGCAGCGUCGUGACUCUCUCCUUCCUUUCCUCCGCUCCUCAUCUGCCAUCAGAGGUCACAUGGCGGCGGCGGUCAACACCGGUGAGUGUCGCGCGCGGCCGCCGGAGCCCUGUGGAUGGCGGCGCUGUCCCUGCUUCUCUCCGGCCGGUGCGCCUGCUGUGCGCCCCAUGCGCUGGUGCUGCGCGUGCUGCGCCGGCCCUGCAUCUGUCCGGCAAGUGCGCAUGUUGUGCGCCCAGUGAGAACAGGUGUUGCGCGCGGUACGCCGGCGUGCUAGCUGCUUGGCCCUGCUUGCUGCGCGUGCUGCACGGACCAUAUGUACUAAUACGUGAUUUCUCCAUUGAUUUUCUAUCCAACAUGCUAAUCUUUUUUUGUUGUUUUUUUUUGUGCUGCAGCAGCUCAGGUCAAAGGCGACAGGGAAGUCAGGGACUACUACAUCUUCCUAUUGUUGAUUUCUCCCCAAAAUCUGAGGUAACUUGUUAACUGCUUCUCCUAUUUACUGCUUGACAGAGAAUGUGCAUGUUGACUUGUUCCUGUUGAAGUUAUAUCAUUUGUACUAUUAUAUUGUAGAUGGACAAAAAGACUAAGAUGUUAAUUUAUGCGGCAAUGGCACAAUGGUUUACCAAUAUGAUAGCUUUGGUUGUUCAAUCUAGAAAAAGAAAAAAGAGAGAAGCAAUUACAUAUGCCCCAAUUGAUGAGAGAGAUAGGAUGAGAAGAGAGUACUUUGAUAACAAAGUAUGGAAAAUGAUACAAUUAGUGUGAACAUGCUCAGGCUUCGGAGGGCACCAUUCUUUCGGUUUUGUCAACUCUUUAGAGAUCGCAAUUUGCUAAAAGACACGGUCCAUAUGUCUAUUGAGCAACAAGUAGCAAUGUUUUUGCACACCGUUGGUCAUAAUGUCAGGAAUAGGGUAAUUGGAGGGAAUUUUGGUAGAUCCGGGGAAGUUGUUAGCCGGUAUUUCCAUAGAGUACUCCAUGCAAUUGGUGAGCUUCGAGAUGACCUUAUUAGGAAGCCUUCAUUGGAGACUCAAACCAAAGUAGAAGGAAACUACCGGUGGGAUCCAUACUUUAAGGAUUGUAUUGGAGCUAUUGAUGGUACACAUGUACGUGCCUCUGUUACUCCUGAUAUGGAGCCUGCCUUUCGUGGUAGAAAGAAACAUACUACUCAAAAUGUGAUGGCGGCUGUUGAUUUUGAUCUUCGAUUCACAUAUGUGUUGGCUGGUUGGGAAGGGACAGCACAUGAUGCUACAGUUUUACGUGAUGCUUUAAUACGUGAAAACGGUCUACGUGUUCCACAAGGAAAAAAAAUUCUAGUUGAUGCUGGAUAUGGAGUCAAACCAGGGUUCUUGCCCCCUUUUCGUGGUGUGAGGUACCAUUUGAAUGAGUGGGGAAACAGUCCUGUGCAAAAUGACAAGGAGCUGUUCAACCUUAGGCAUUCUUCUCUCCGCACAACCGUAGAACGUGCAUUUGGGUCAUUGAAGAGAAGAUUCAAAAUUCUUGAUGAUGCCACUCCAUUCUUUCUUUAUCCUACUCAAGUAGAUAUUGUUGUGGCUUGCUGCAUCAUUCAGAAUUGGGUUCUAAAUGAUGGGAUUGAUGAAUAUAUCAUACCGGAAGAUGAAUGGGUGCCAAAUAUCACUCAUGCUUCAACAUCAGCUGGACAAGCAGAAGAACAUGCAUACAUGGGUUGGCGCCGCCAGGCUGCUCCCCGCCGCCGGCCGCCGCUGCUGCUCACCACGGAAGCAGGACACCGCCCUGACCCGGCUGCCCUCCUCAUCGUCUCCUCCUCGCCCGGCCGCCCCUCCCCAAGUCCUUCCCCGCCCGACCCGAGCUCCAACGCGAACCGCCCCGACCCGGCCGCCCUCCUGCUCGAAUCCUCCCUGGCCGGCCCUCCUUUCCCUCCGCCCGGAAGCAGGCCGCCACCACCGCGCCCAGCUGCCCCGUCUCCUCUGCGGCCAGCCACCACCGCGCCUGCUGCUGUUAAAGUGUAUUCGAAUAUGCCCCUCUGCCCAGCCACCACCUAUUUGGGAUGCAGUAAAAUAAUUAUGGAUAAAGGGAAGCAGAAAGCAAUUUGGGAUGCUGCGCCUCAUUCCAUAUAUAUGGAUGUGUGCGUAGAGGAGGUGCGAGCAAACCACCGCGCCAUAGGAAACACCACUUUGUCCGAUGUAGGGCAAGGACUGCCACUGUGA